CGAAAGGAAGGGGCAACCUCUAAAACCCUUGCUGUUUCGUUUGAGCAUUGAUUUCACUUGAUUUAUCAGUACCCUGCAGAGUCGAGCUUUGCUUUAUUGUUUUGAUCAAUGGCAAAUCUUCCGAUCCUCCGAUUUGAAGAGAAGAUCGUAGAAACAGUGGAAAAAAACCCGGUGGUGGUGAUUAUAGGAGAGACCGGUUCAGGGAAGAGUACUCAGCUCUCUCAGAUGCUAUACAAAAGAGGUUACACCAAUUCUGGCGUCAUUGCCGUUACUCAGCCCCGACGAGUCGCAGCUGUUUCAGUUGCAAGACGGGUGGCGCAAGAGCUUGGUGUUCAGCUUGGGGAGGAAGUGGGCUUCGCCAUUCGUUUUGAAGAUAGAACUUCAGAGAAAACACGUAUUAAAUACCUUACUGAUGGAGUCCUCCUCCGAGAAAGUCUUUCUAACCCUGAGCUAGAUCAGUAUUCAGUAAUCAUAUUGGACGAAGCUCAUGAGAGGAGUCUAAACACGGAUAUAUUGCUGGGACUGAUGAAACGGUUGAUUAAAUUGCGUGCCUCCAAUUUGAAAGUUUUGAUCACUUCAGCUACUCUUGAUGGUGAAAAAGUAUCAAGAUUCUUCUCUAGUUGCCCCAUCCUGACAGUCCCAGGGAAGUUAUUUCCUGUGGAAAUACUCUACAGCUCAGAGCGCCCCAAAAAUUAUAUCGAGUCUUCUCUGAAAACAGCUAUUGAUAUACAUGUUCGAGAACCAGAAGGGGAUGUCUUAAUAUUCAUGACAGGACAGGAUGACAUAGAGAAGUUGGUAUCUAAAUUGGAGGAGAAAAUUCUAGGCCUUGCAAAAGGUUCUUGCAUGGAUGCCAUAAUACUUCCCCUUCAUGGAUCUUUGCCACCUGAAAUGCAGGUACGUGUAUUCCAUCCUGCGCUUCCAGACUGUAGGCGAUUUAUUGUUGCUACAAACAUUGCUGAAACUUCUUUGACUGUUGACGGUGUUGUGUACGUUGUUGAUUCCGGUUAUGUGAAGCAACGGCAAUACAACCCAUCAACUGGCAUGUAUUCCCUUGAUGUUGUUCCAAUUAGCAAGGUGCAAGCCAAUCAGCGUGCAGGACGAGCUGGAAGAACAUGUCCUGGGAAAUGCUACCGGUUAUACCCAUCCAUGGUUUACCAUGAUGAUUUUUUGGAUGCUACAGUUCCUGAAAUACAGCGGUCAUCUCUUGCAGGGAGUGUCCUUUAUUUGAAAUCGUUGGACCUCCCUGAUAUUGAUAUUCUCAAAUUUAACUUCCUUGAUCCCCCUUCAUCUGAGUCAUUAGAAGAUGCUCUGAAGCAGUUAUAUCUCAUUGAUGCUAUUGAUGAUAAUGGAUCCAUUACAAGUGUUGGACGAACAAUGGCUGAACUUCCUUUAGAGCCUUCCCUCUCAAGAACCUUAUUGGAAGCAAAUGAGUGUGGUUGCUUAUCCCAGGCUUUGACAGUUGCUGCUAUGUUAUCUGCAGAAACCACAUUGAUUGCAGGUCGAAGCAAGAGCACUGAAAAGAAGAGGAAGCACCCUCCUUCGGACCUUCCUGAUGGUUCUGGCUGGGGUGAUCACAUCCAAUUACUUCAGAUCUAUGAGCAUUGGGAUCAGACCGACUACAGCGUAGAUUGGUGUAAAGACAACAACUUACAGGUGCGAGGGAUGAUGUUUGUCAAAGAUGUUCGAAAACAAUUAUCUCAAAUAAUGCAAAAGGUUGCAAAAGGGUCCUUAGAUGUACGUACAAGUGAAAGAUGGAAAGAAAGCCGACAGGCUUAUAGGAAGUUGAGGAACGCUUUGUCUGUUGGCUAUGCAAGCCAGCUUGCUGAGCGAAUGAUACGUCAUAAUGGUUAUAGAACUCUUGGUUUCAAGUCCCAACUUGUUCAGGUGCAUCCAUCCUCUGUUUUGAGAACAGAUGAAGAGGGAAUGCUCCCAAAUUACGUUGUGUACCAUGAACUUAUUGCUACAUCGCGUCCAUUUAUGCGGAAUGUGUGUGCAGUGGAGAUGUCAUGGGUCAUGCCUAUUUUGAAGAAGCUUGAGAUGAUUAACAUCAACAAACUCAGUGGUGGAUCAAGUCAAUCUGAAGAGAGGAGCGAAGGAGAAAACUCGAUCCUGCUGAAAAAAGAUGUUAAUACUGGUGGGCCACCUGAAGACCGUGAUGCUAGGAUACAAGCAGCUCGUGACCGCUUUCUGUCUCGUAAAGCACAGAGAUAG